AUGAAGACGCAUAGCAGCCGUAACGGCGUAUUUAAAAUUUUCAAUUGUUGCACAUCACGGCAAGAUUUAACGUCAACCUAUCCGGAUGAUUGUAAAGAAAGCAGCCUGUACUCAACACGACGUAUACCAGCUCCAGUUCGAAAGUCUCAGGAUAAUAAGGAGGUGCAGGAAAAGCAAUUGGGGAAUGAAAGAUCACGACUCAGGCGAACGAAGAGUUCUGCAUCUCGCACGUCUUUGCGACGAAAUACAUCAGCAAAAGAUAAUCCAGAUGCACCCUCAAAUCCUCCAAAAUAUACACCUCUAGAACUUCUCAAGGUCGACAGUCAUACACACCAUCGAGACAACGUAUUUCGUCCCCUCAAACUUGACCUUUCUAAGCCAGAUGAUGAAUGGUCGCCCACUGUCCCUCACACCGGACAGUCUCCCCCCAGAAAACCGUCGCGCUACUCUAAAGAAUUGCCAGAUCCCAAUGCACCUCGGAUACCGCUUCAUACAAAACCCACGUCAUCAAAUCAAGCAGGCCAAUACGAAACUCACCCUAACUCCAGUCCCGAUGAUCAUUCUGCCCUUAUUGUGACAAGAAAGGAGAAUCCAGGAUCCAGAUCGCAUCAUAGAACACGUAGCGAACCGGCACCUCACGAACGAGUAGACAUCUCCUUAGCAGAGAAAAUGAAUUUGCUAGAGCAGUUAAAGAAUGUUGAGUCUGAUAUUGAAAAGAGAAAUAGAUUCCUUUACAGCCGACCCAGUAGCCGGUCUAACAGCCGACCUAGCAGUCAACGUGAUAGCCGAUCUUUUAGUCGACCAACCAGUCGAGCCAGUAAAAAGAACAGUCUUAAUUUCAAUCCGUACGAACCUCUGCCACCUUAUCCAGUUCAAGUAGUUGGUCAGUUCUCUUCGUUGCCUACCUUUCAUGCACACCAAAAUAGUACUGUAUCUGAGCCCUAUCAUGACCAACCGCCACCGGUCUCCAUAAGGAAUCGUUCAUUUUCAAUGAGCUCAUCUCGAUCUCACACAAUAUACCGUCCAGACCAGGGGAUACCCCUACCACCUCUACCAUUAGUCCUUCAGGCUCCUUCAUUCGAUAAGACGCGACCUCUUUCGAGGGUCUCGAGUUGGUUGACUACCUCAAGUCAACAUGAAAUCUCUAGAUCAUCAAACUCCGUUACAAAUACGCCGAGGCCUAUUACUGGCCGCGAUGGUUUCUAUCAGUGUGUAGAACAGUACUCUAUAAGUACUGACACGUCUACGACCGUAACCAACAGCUAUUUAUCCCAGCCCACAACGUGCACAUCUCAGAUUUUAUGCCCGGACAUGCGGAAAGAUGUAGAUCCAAAUUUAGCUAGAGCACUUCGGCAUCCGGGCGAAAAUUCGAAGGUAAUAAAAGAAAUUGAGGAUGCAGAACACAACGAGGUGGUGUUGCCAGACGAACAAUGGGCGCAUAUUAUCGGGCUUGCUUUUUGA